AUGUUUCAUAUAUUGCAUGCUGUUUUCCUCUCCUUUCUCCCUCAAGCAAUUUGUUUUGGAUUUUUCCAAAGUGUCGGAGCCAAAGGCCGCGUUUUGUGCCAUGGAAUCGCGGUUGAUAACGAAGUGAGUGACAUUUUCUAUUUUGGUCUUCCAUAGCAAAACUGUAAAACUAAAACUGUAACUGAUAAGAUAAAAUAAUAGUGCAAUUUCAGGCAGUUAUUCUCGUUGAGAAAGAUUGGUUUUUUAACGACCUAUUAGAACAGUCCGCAACAAAUGAUAAUGGAGAGUUUACAAUCUGGGGAAUGGACAAAGAAGUGUCAGAAAUCGAUCCAAUAAUUAAAAUGUAAAGAGAUUUUUUGGGCUGAAUUUUUGUUGUUUUAAUACUUUAGAGAGUCCGAAUGCCCUGUUGAUUCAAAUUGCGUCCGAAAAUUCAAAAUGAAAAUACCAAAACAAUUCAUUACAUGGCACCGAAAACCUCCCGGAGAACUGUUUGAUAUGGGGGAAGUAGAGCUCCUGGACGCUCCAUUAAAGUCAACAUGCAACCUUACGUCAAAUUCAAAUUAA